GCGAUAGCGAGCCCUGUGAUAAAAACGAACAUUCAUUUAGUGCUCAGGUGGUCAAAGUAGGCUUCUUCCGAGAAGCAUUAAGUCCUUGAUUUUAGCCGAUUCAUAAGCGUCGUAUUUGUAUAGUUUUUCUCUGAUAUUUCUACUAGUCCUAGCUUAAUAGUUCUACAGCUAGUUCAUCUUCGUGUUCAUCAUCAAUUCCAAGUAGAAUCACAAUCAUCAACAUGACAAUGACCGUGUCGUCUUCGUCGUCUUACGUGCUCUGCACAGGUGGGUUGGGCUAUAUUGGUUCCCAUACCACCAUAAAGCUCCUCGAAAAGGGCUACAAAGUGGCCGUCUUGGACAACUGCGCGAACUCGUCACCCGUAGUCCUAGACAGAAUCGCGCAAAUAUUAAGGCAUCGCCUAUGAUCCAUCCCCAGAAGCAUCUUGGAUAUGUUCGAUAAGAAGAGAAAGCAGGCGGCCUGAAACCCAAGAUGCAUUUCAGGAUGGAUCGAUUAUGGUGAGCUCUAAAACUAGUGGGCAAGGAGGAUAGCGUAAAAUUUUUCCAGAUGGACUUGCUCGAGAAAGACAAGGUCAAAGCACUCUUCGAAGCAGAGAAAUUUGACGCGGUAUUAUUAUGAUUGAUGGACUUUUGCGGCGUCGUCCGAAGACAUCUCCCGCUUCUUUUCUGAAGUAUUUAGUGAGAAGGACGACUUGCUCUUGCAAUAGCAAUUAUUCAGUUUUUGCACAUUGGUAACGUCAACAACCACAUUCUUUCAACAAGUUGUAGUCGGAUUUGAGACACCAAGACCAAACAUCUCCAGGUAAUCCAUUUCGCGGGUUUCAAGGCUGUAGGGGAGAGUGUGGCGAUGCCUCUGGCAUAUUACCACAACAAUUUAACCGGAACUUUAUACCUCCUAGAGGCGAUGAAGGCGAGUGGAUGCAAAAGAAUCGUUUUCUCAUCAUCAGCAACUGUCUAUCAACCCUCAGAAGUACCUUUAGACGAGAGCAAGCCGCUGGGACCCUCAAAUCCGUACGGGCAAACGAAAUUCAUGAUCGAGCAGUUUCUUCAGGACUUGUACGCAUUAAUUUUGCUAGAAGUCAUACUCAUACUUACGCUUACCGUAGUAUAAGAAAUAACAGUAGAAACUCAAAUUAUACUAGUACAUGGUUGAAAUUUAGAAAGAGAAACUAACUUUGUUCAUACGACGGACAUUAAGAUUAAGAAACUCGAGUGAUCCUUCCGGCCCUUGUUGGAUUCGUCGGACAAGAAUGGAUCAUAGAUUUUAAAGCUUCAACUGGUAGUUCUCGAUGCGUGUACAUCUACAACUAGAUGCUUCGCCAGCAGUGCGCACAACCACGUCUUCUUGCUCUCAGGUACGUCUCAGACAAGUCGUUUUCAAUAGAUAUCUUGCGGUAUUUCAACCCUGUCGGUGCGCACCCGUCUGGUUUGAUCGGGGAAGAUCCGACUGGUCCACCGAAUAACCUCAUGCCAUUCAUUUAUGGCAAGAGACUGGAAUAAAUUCACUCUUUUUUACUUUUAGCUGAAAACUACAACUAGAUUAGCCAUUAUACGACCACCUAGUUGUUGGGUGCUCGUGAUCACUGCGGUUACAGACAGAUUGAUACAACAAAAUACGUAAGAACCUCAACAAGACGUAGACGUGCUUUAGACAUGCUUGUUUUCAGUAAGACAUCAUCAAUAAUCAACCUUGUUCCCCUUGUUCAUCUAACUUUUCCAGCAAGUUGGUGUUAAGAGAAGAGACAAGCUUACCGUAUUCGGCAAUGAUUGGCCGACACCUGAUGGCACAGGAGUGCGAGACUACCUUCACGUAGAUGACCUAGCAGAUGGACAUCUAGCAGCACUAAGCUACAUCAGCGAUAAAACUGGUACUUCUACUUUCUUCUUCAUGAUCAUGUAGUUCAAUGCUUAUGCCAUCACAGGAUCUUCAUAGUAAGUCCCAUGAUAAGUCUUGUUCUACAAAGAAGCGAUCUCGAUUAAAUCGUUCUUGCACUAGCACAUUCAUUAUGCAACCGCAGUAUUAAUUUGGGAAAGAAUGUGCAUACCCACUACACUUGUUCUUGUACGAUCAUGCAAGAACUUAAAUGUCACACUCUUAUUCUCAGGUUGUUAUGUGCAUAACCUUGGUAGUGGGAGAGGGGCGAGCGUUCUGGAGAUGGUCGCUGGGUUUGAGAAGGCGUCAGUUAAGACUCAUGUUGGUAUACCGGUAGACACUUCUUCAUGCAUCUACUUUCACACUCAUUUUUUUCACGUGGAGGUGGAUAAAUAUCUAUUUAUUGUCCUCUUCCUUCUAGGGACUGAGUAGGAGUACUUCUAGACCCGUCAGUUACCCCCACCCUCAUCCACCUCUUCCUCUAACUCCAGCGUGAAGAUUCCCUACGUUAUCGGCCCAAGGCGACCGGGUGACCUUGCUACGGUGAUCGCAGACCCAGCGCGCGCCAAUACCGAGUUGAAGUGGACUGCGACGCGGUCGCUAGAAACUAUCAUGGAUUCCGCGUGGAAAUGGCAGUCUGGAAACCCGGAAGGGUAUCCCAAAGCGUAAGCAGAAGCAGCUUCUUAAGGACUGAGAGCAGGGUAAGGGAAAGGGAGCCAGCUUCUUAAGGUCGACUAAGAGCAGGGUAGAAGGGGUAUCCGAAAGGUGACCGUGUUGGCAAGAGCAGGGUUAUUAUAUCCAAAAGACUUUGGAGGAGGAGACGUUUUUUCAAAGAAGGAUUACUUUUACAACGCAUUGUUCUCAACGGACUAUUUAUUAUUAGACGAUGAAGGUUGCAUUUUCCUAGUGCCGUCAUCCCAUGGAUCAUCUAACGGCAUGACACAGCGUUGCUAUGCCUAACGAGCAUGAAUAAAGGCGCAGUAAAUUUUUUCCUUGUCGAAGACCGAUGCGAAUCGCCUAAAAAUGAGGCUUUCCUCUCUCACAAUACUUUUUCGGGAUGCGGUUGUUGCGAAAAGACUCAUUGUUGACAACAGUCUGUUGUCUUGUCAUCUGUGACGGUCUCCGUCUCUGUGUGAUGGGCUUAGAACAAAAUACGUAGACAAAAUUUUUAGAAGGAGC